UUUCCACAUUGUGACGAUGGACGAUCAUUUGGAGGCGCCGGGUGCAGUGAGCGGCGGAUCGGCAGGCCCAUGCAGCGAUUGUUCCGACAACGACGACUCUGAGUACCUGUGCCCCAUCUGCUUACAGCCAGUGACACACCAGAGCUACGUAGAGCCCUGCUACCACGAAUACUGCUACUUGUGCAUUUGCCAGUGGAUCGAAUUCCGCCCCCAUUGCCCGCUCUGCAAUGGCAAGGCGCAGUCUGUUGUCCAGCAAUUAAAGUCAGGCAAAAUCGUCAAGACCGCGGUUGCUAGUGAGCCUGGCAAGCCAGUCGAGGUCCACAGUAGGCGGCUACGGCAGCAGACAAGGGUGUAUGGAUGGCCUGAGGACAGCCAAAAAGACUCCGAGCAAGGGCACCGCAAGCGCAUGGCUGUGUACUCGCGAAGCCUGCGCCGUGCAGCGUUCCUUUCUGAAACCAGUACUCGCACACGUGUCUCGAAAUCCCCGGAACUCGUAAGACAAGCCAUUGUCAGUGGCCGGUGCCGAGCGUGGGUGCAGCGGGAUAUUGCUGUAAUUUUGGACACCUCUGACACAACAAUACUAGAGGAACUGGUUGUGUCUAUAAUUAAGGAUUCAGGAACGCUAGACAACCAGGUGGUCGGGCCGCUGAUUGAGCCAGUGCUGGGUUCGCACACCGGAAUGUUCGUUGAUGAGUUGGCCGCGUUCAUGGACUCGACGCUGCCGAUGGCAAUGUACGACCGGUAUAUCGUUUAUGACACCGCCAAUCCGGAAUAA